GUGACGCACUUCCUGUUUGUUGUUGGAGAAAAGGAGAGAAAGGAAAGCGCGAGGAGACGCCGCCGCCACCGUCGCCGCCGCCACCAGCGCAGCUGUGCCAGCGCCGUGAGGAGACCGGCCGCCUGACUUCCCUCCUCGCUGGCCGCCGCGUCCUCGGAUUUGUUCCAACAGUCUGUUAAAACAUGGUGGAUUACUAUGAAGUGCUGGGCGUGCAGAGACAUGCCUCACCUGAGGACAUUAAAAAGGCGUAUCGAAAACAGGCACUUAAAUGGCACCCAGACAAAAAUCCUGAAAAUAAAGAAGAAGCAGAGCGGAAAUUCAAACAAGUAGCUGAGGCAUAUGAAGUAUUAUCGGAUGCUAAAAAGCGGGACAUCUAUGACAAAUACGGCAAAGAAGGAUUAAAUGGUGGUGGAGGAGGAGGUGGAAGUCAUUUUGAUAGUCCAUUUGAGUUUGGCUUCACAUUCCGGAACCCAGAUGAUGUCUUCAGGGAAUUUUUUGGUGGAAGGGACCCAUUCUCAUUCGACUUCUUUGAAGACCCAUUUGAUGACUUUUUUGGAAACCGAAGGGGUCCCCGAGGAAGUAGAAGCCGAGGUGCCGGCUCCUUUUUUUCUGCCUUCACUGGAUUUCCUUCUUUUGGAAGCGGAUUUCCUGCUUUUGAUACAGGCUUUACUCCAUUUGGGUCACUAGGCCAUGGGGGUCUCACAUCAUUCUCUUCAGCGUCAUUUGGUGGCAGUGGAAUGGGCAACUUCAAGUCAAUAUCAACUUCAACUAAGAUAGUUAAUGGCAAAAAAAUCACUACAAAGAGAAUUGUGGAGAAUGGUCAAGAAAGAAUAGAAGUUGAAGAAGAUGGACAGUUAAAGUCCUUGACGAUAAAUGGUGUGGCCGACGAGAACGCCCUUGCAGAAGAAUGCCAGCGGAGAGGCCAGCACACACCAGCUCUGGCCCCUGGUCCGGCCCCAGCACCAGUCCGGGUCCCCUCCCAGGCCCGGCCCCCGGCCCCAACUCCAGCCCCAGCUCCAGCCCCACCUCCAGCCCAGACUCCGGCCCCUUCUGUCAGCACCCGCCCACAGAAGCCACCUAGGCCUGCCCCUGUGGCCAAACUUGUGUCUAAAAGCAACUGGGAAGAUGAAGAGCAGGACAGGCAGCGGGUUCCUGGCGACUGGGAUGCCCCUAUGACCUCAGCAGGUGUGCAGAAGGGAGCUGGUACGGAGCACCCCCAAAGCGUUUUGCCCCCAGAUCCAGGAGAGCAAGCACAGAAGUCAGUCCUAUGUUGCUGCAUUCUGACCUGAGUGGGCAUGGGGAGCUGGGGGUAGGUGGCAGGCCUGCCAAGAAGGGACAGAGAGGAUACCUGUGUCCAGCUCACCUCCCACAGCUGCUCUAUGUAUGGCCUAGCUGCGUGGUUCAAAGCCAACCCCACGAUUAAAACAGGGGUCCCCGUAUUCUAAUGUGUAUGGAGUAUAUUGUCUGGGUUAGGUUGGCUGCUAGGGAAUUGCCAGGUACUGCUUUCCGAUCUAUAAUUUGAUUCUAGAGCUUGGAUUCUGUCACUUAACCUGAUUUGCCCCAAGACCACUUGCACACUUACUAACUUCACUCUCCAGACAGAAGGCUCCAGCCAUGCACCCAGUAGAGUUAUCUCAGGUGAGCCAUAGGUGAAGGUGGAGGCCUGGCUCCUCCCUCUGUUCAUGGUGGGAUUGUCCACCAUCUACCUCUCCCCUCAGCCGGUAGCUUGUAUCUCUCCAGGAUUAUUACUCAUAGAACAUUCUGGGAGCUUGGUGUGUACACACAGAGCUUUUCAGUCAGCCCCACCCCUGCAUCAGUGCAGUGUUAUUGUCCAUAAGUGAGACAAGUUUGUACCUGUGGCUAUACAACACUCCAGGCCAAACUACAGAGAUGGGGUUUUGUGGUCUAUGUCACGGUGUGUUGCAAAGUGCUUCAAGCAGAAAACAGAGGGCAAAGAUCUAUUCCUUUUCUUUUCAGAAAUUUGUGUUAAAGUCAAGCCCUCAAGCCCCUUUGGUUUUCUUCUGGUCCUUCAGGGUUCUACAAGCAGAAGCAGACAUAGUGCUUUGGCGUUACUAGAAUUUUGGGUCACCAGCUUAGUUACCUUGCUGUGGAGGGAUGUCAGCAAAAACAGAUGGGUGACUGGACUCUGUGCGGCUCAGUGGCUGUGGAUCCCUCCCAUGAACACUGUUUCAGUGCUGGGUGAGCCCACGAGGAUUGGAAAGGGUGGUAAGAGAAACAGACCAGAGCAGCCUUGGAGACUUUGGCACCCUCCCCCACACUUGUUUUAAAGGUGCUGAAGCCUGGCUAGGAGGUGCCAUGCCAAUCUUCUGGUUUCUAGACGAUAUAUAGGGACAGGCCUGGCUGCAGAGCCUCUUUAUAGUACGUAGGCCCCCACGGCAGAAUCUGGACAGGAAGUGUGACAGACUGCAGCAUGUGGCCAUUUUCUAGGCCCUGCCCAUGCCUCUUAGCCAAAGGUGACAGCCAAGACUGAUCUGGAGACAGAGUUUAAGAAUAACAAAGUGCUUUCACUGUGUUGACCUGUCAGUGCAGAUCCAGACUGUGUGUGUGUGUGUGUGUGUGUGUGCGCGCGCGCGCGCAUGCGCGCGUGCAUACACACGAGUGUGUAGUAGUAAGCUUGUGGAUCCUAGUAGAAAUCUUGCAUAACAGGCUGGAAAAGCUAUGAGAGAGGUGGUCUCCCUGUGUCCUCUGAGUCUGGAGCCAGAGGCACUGCCAGCGUGGCUCUGGGUGUGGCUGGCACUUCCUCUGCUUUGUCCCUUUACUCUUUCCCCCAAAAUAACUCCCCAUGUUUUAAGUUACAGAGCCAUGCUUUUCUAUAGAAAAAAAUGUAACCCUUCACUUGCCCUCUCUCAGAGAUGAUGACAGGAAUUGACGUGGGGUUCUCCAAACUGCUACACAAGGGUUUGGCUUAACUAAAUGAAAACAGAGGCCCAUUGGGAGAGAAAUUAGAAACAGCUACUGUACAAAAGUGGUUUCUGUUUCCACAGCAAAACUGUGACCUGGGCAGCAUACCUUGUUCUGUGCUGCAAGCUACUGUCCUCUGGCUAAAGCCUUUGCAAAGUCUGGUCCUCUGUUGUUGGGAUCGAGGGGAACAAGUCCAGACUUUAACAUGAGAGCCACUGUUGAAGAACUAAGAUGAGGGGCUUUGCUGUUAGUAGUUUUGGUUGGGUUUAUAAGGCUUGGACAAGUUUUCCUAAAAAUUCACACAAGGAGAAAUUCGGUGCAAGCCAUCCAUCCCAGUUGCAGCUCCCAGUGGUUGUCAGUCAUGGAGCUGCUGGGUACAGCCUGGUGCAGCCUGGCUGGUUGGCAUCAACAAGUGGAGUUUCCUAGAAGAAAACAAUUCCCACUGAGCUGUCUUUCUAGAAAAAGAUUUACUGUGCAAUGUAAACCACAUUGGACUGUCAGGAGUUUCAUGGGUUGGUCUGUGGUCAGCCAGAAUAGCCAUGGUCCAGACUGCUGGUGAUGAACCGAGAACUAAAUGCAAUUUGAUUUGCUGGGUGUGUGUGUGCGCGCGUGCGCGUGCGGAUGCGUGUGUGCUGUGGACUGCCUGCAUGCUUGGUUAGCUCUGUAUUGCUGGGCCAUGGGUUCAAGAUAUGCAGGCUUUUUUCCCCCCUUUUUUACUUUUUUUGCAGGCUAUUCUGUACCCUUGAAAGUUUGUUCUGCAAAGGGCAAGCUGCCUUUUGGAAAAGGGAGAUUAGUGGCUUUUUGCGUUUGUGGAUUCCACACACAACAUGAUCAUUAAAAAGAAAUUCAACAUGAGAAGUCAUGAAUUAAAGAACAAGCAUUCGCUUCCUUCUUCCUGCUCAGCUUGGCUCUGCCUGUGGGGUGUGGCCCUCUUCCCAGAGCAUGGCCUGCAUCUCAGAGCCUGCAUCCAAUCCUGCUGUUGGCCUGCUUUCCUUCUCCAGCCCCCAGCUAAUCCAUGUGGUGAGAUUUAGGUGGAUCUCAGCAUGGGAAUUUUGAGGUGUCUGUGGGCAUGCCAUAGAUUGGGGGUCUGAGAUCUCUUGUGGCUCCUGUUCAACACCAGGCCCACAUCCCACCUACUCCAUGUAGCCAGGGUCUGAGCCUCUGUCAGUCUUACCAUGGCCUAGGUUGGCAAGGUCAAGUAUCUGUUAGCUUUAAUGACAUGAAAACUUAGAGAGACUUUUUUUCACGAUAGAAAAAUUAGAAAGAAUGGACUUCCCAUUUCAGAAGGCAGCUGUGGAGGGUGUCUGAUUGACUUGGCUUCGUAGAUGACAGGGUUGUACAUUUUACAGGUAGGGCCUUGGCUGGGCCUCUGAGGAGCCUUUUCCACAGAGCUGGUUCUGUGGCUGGGCUGCUGGGUAAAUGUAGGAUGCUUGCUGUGGGUUGCACACUUCCCUGUGUGGUGGUGACAUUCUGGGAGCAAUAUGGAAAGUUUAGCAUGCUAUUCCAAACAGUUCGUGUUUCCUUUUUGAUGUGGACACCAUAAAUGACUGUUGUGUUGCUUUCUUUGUACAUGGGGAAGUGUCUAGUGAGUGGCCCACCUCAUGGGGAUGCAGUUGCUGGUGUGCAGUGUUUCACAAGCCAUGUU